AUGUCAUUCUUCCGAUGGGUCGUCACUCAUUUCGCGCCCCUCUUUCUCAUUACGUCGCCCGUCACGAGCUAUGCCGACCAGAUCCUGUCGAUUAACAGGAGUCGGUCAUCAGCGGGCUUCUCGUUGGAUAUCCCACUGAUCAUGCUGACGGCUUCGAUUUUAAAAAUCUUCUUCUGGCUGGGCGAUCGCUUUGAUACAGCCCUGCUCAUUCAGGCUGGAGUAAUGGUGGUAGUGCAGACGCUGUUACUCCACGUUGCACUCAUCCAUCGUCCUCCAUUCGGAGCGCAGCAUAGCUUAAACAAACCUUUCGCGAGUAGCGGGGCUGGAGACGGCUAUGUCACCCGGCCAUUUGGAUUCUGGCAGUGGAGACAUCGAAAGCCUUAUUGGGAAUUUCUGGCCUAUUUCACAGUCGUGCUGGCGGCAUUGCAGUUAUUUGUCGGAAGCAGUUCGGCAUAUAUCGCACUUCAGGGCUAUGUCGCUUUGAGUGUCGAAGCUAUCCUGCCUAUACCGCAAAUCUUGGAAAACCAGCGAAUGCGAUCAUGCAAAGGCUUUCGUUUGAGUGUCUUGGUCAACUGGCUGUUGGGAGACGCAUUCAAGAUGACAUACUUCUUUCUGUCAGAUAACAAUGUUCCCUGGGCGUUCAAGCUGUGUGGCCUCUUUCAGGCGGGAUGCGAUUGCUAUUUGGGCGUUCAGUACUGGAUGUACGGAGAAGGAGAGGGUGUUUUAGGGGGGCUUGAAGAGAAAGAGACCCGUAUCGCUUGA